GACGCCUCAGUGCGUGUCAUUUACCGGGUCCUCACAGACAGUGACGUAGUUCUCCAGCGACUGGAACACAUUCAAAACAUUAAUCCGGUUUAAAUUUCAGUAUUAUUGAAGUAUUUUCUCCCGGAGCUUAACAUAAUGGCAUUGGAAACAGUCCCCAAAGACCUCCGCCAUCUGCGAGCUUGUCUCCUGUGUUCUUUAGUGAAGACCAUUGACCAGUUUGAAUACGACGGCUGUGACAACUGCGAGUCGUACCUGCAGAUGAAGGGGAACCGAGAGAUGGUUUAUGAAUGCACAAGUUCCUCAUUUGAUGGUGUAAUAGCCAUGAUGAGCCCAGAGGACAGUUGGGUAGCUAAAUGGCAGAGGAUAGGCAACUUCAAGCCAGGUGUAUAUGCAGUAUCAGUGACUGGCAGACUACCUCCAGGUGUGGUGAGAGAGCUGAAAAGCAGAGGAGUGAUCUACAAAUCCAGAGAUACAGCAGUGAAGUCAUAAACCUUGACAAUCGGACUGAGUUGAUCUCGUCUGUGAUGUUUUAUGGAACUGCUCUCAAAAUGUUUAAUUUUUGUCUUUUGUUUUGGUUGAAAUAUUAGCAUGAGGGGUUAUAGGGGAGAAAAAAAAUGUUUUUUUUUAUUAUUUGGAUGAUUGCGAAAAAAAAUAAAGGUUUUUAUAAUAAAUGUGA